AGUGCUGCUUCUCUCACUCAUUCUACAAUCUUUCUAACCCUGACCCCUGUCCUUUGACUUCACAAUGCUAAGUCAUUUAAUCUGCCCUCUUGCAUAAUAGAGGGAUUUUACAGUGUGUGAUUGGAUCACAGGGCCUUAUUAGCUCCCUAGAUUUCCCAUUUCCCAUAGAAUUCUUAAUGCAUUCCUGGCAUUCAGUCAGGGAGCUUCUAGUUUUUCGAGAGGGUAAUAGUCGUACACAUCCAUUUUACAGAAUCUUUAUGCGCGAUUUGCAUUUUGUUUAAGAGAGCAAUCCAAAAAAAGCAUAUUCACAUUCUCACCAGUUGAAAAGUAUUGCAAAGAAAAAAGAACUAGCACAAAGUAAUACAUAUUUAUCAACAAUCCAUUGAAACUCGCAUAAAGUUUUCUGGCCAGAAAGGAACUUUACUUCAAGAAAAUGGCAGAUCACUUUUUCUAUAAAGGAGUACAGUUUGCAAAACAUGUACACUCUGAAGAAUCUCUCGACAAUGCAGAAAACAAGUUCACGGUAUUUGAUGAUGAUAUUUUCAAUGUAACUUAUCCAAAAUCAGGUACAAACUGGAUGAUAGAGAUAUUGAAUUUGAUCAAGUACAAAGGAGACAUUUCUUUGAGUAACCAAGUGCCAAUUUAUAUGAGAUCACCAUGGUAUGAAGCAGUAAGCAGUAAAGAACAGAUUGAAGUCCUAGAGCAUCCUAGGAUACUAUCUUCCCAUCUACCAUAUCAAAUAUUUUCAAAAGCCUUCUUUGAAUCAAAAGCAAAAGUCAUCUACACCAUGAGGAACCCUAAGGAUGUCUUAGUGUCUAAUUACCAUUUCAACAAGAUAGUCAGCUUCUAUAAAGACCCUGAAAGCUUCCAGAUGUACUUAGAAGACUUUUUGCAAGGAAAUGUAAUCUAUGGCUCUUGGUUUGAUCAUGUCAAAGGAUGGUUGCAAAUGAAGGAUGAUAAUCGCUUCUUCUUUAUUACAUAUGAAGAACUACUUCAGGACCUCAGAGGUAGUGUGGUGAGAAUCUGUAAGUUUCUAGGACAAGAAUUAGAAGAUGAAGCUAUCGACUUAGUUGUGGAGCAUUCUACCUUCAAAUCCAUGAAGGAAAACAAGAUGUCCAACUGGACUACGGUUCCUACUGAAAUUCUUGACCAUUCUAAAGGUUCCAUUAUGCGCAAGGGUGUCUCGGGAGACUGGAAGAAUCAUUUUACAGUGGCCCAGAGUGAACUUUUUGAUAACAUUUAUCAAGAGAAAAUGAAAGAUUUAGACUUUAAGUUUUUUUGGGAAGAAAAAUGAUGAUGAAGAAUGAGUUUUCAAGUUGUACAUUAUGUUAUAUGACCACUUUAUAUGUAAGAAUUACACCUUCUGUCAACACUUUGAAAAAUAAAUGGUCUACGUUAGAAAAGGUAAUUGUAUGUAAAAUAAAAACAAACAUAAUAUGUUA